AUUUGCGCAUGCGCAUAUGUUAUAUAGCAACUGUUUGGUUUGGGUUUGAUAAGGUUGGUUAGAUUUACGACCGUUUGAAAAAAAAAAAAUGACCACUUACAAGGCUGCAGAUUCAAAGAGAGAAGAAUUCAGAAAAUAUCUUGAAAAGGCUGGAGUUCUUGAUGCUUUGACAAAAGUUUUGGUAGGUUUGUAUGAAGAACCGGAAAAACCAAAUAAUGCCUUAGACUUUUUGAAGCAACAUUUGGGGGCUGCAGGUCCUGACACUGCUGAUGUUGAAGCUCUGAAGCUUGAGGUGACAGAACUUAGGCAGAAAGUUGAACAGCUGACAGAAGAAAACAAUGAUCUCAAAAUCAAGAUGCAACAGUUGGAACCACCCUCCGAGCAAGAGGCUCCUGAGAACUAAACCACAGUGUUCUUCAGCUCAUAAUGUACAUACAUGUACAUACCAUUAUUAACAUUCUGACUUCACAUUCCAUGCUUAUUUCUUGAUGAAGACGUUAGUAGAUUAACUAAACUAUUUAAAACUGUGAUAAUAAGAUAACUGCAGGCAGUGUUAAAUAUAAGCUGUAGCUGUUUUCUCUUUGUACCUUUGGUUGUUAAAACAGGGUUUUUGUUUUUUGUAUACCUAAUACAACAAAGCAGAAUAUUUCGUUUUUGUGGUCUGCAUUAUAUUUUUACAAAAAUGAGAAUCUUGACACUUUUGAUUAUUAUUUUUUUGUCUCAGUAAUAUAACUACUAUGUAUUCAUUUAUUUAAUUGUCAAUACUAGUAAAUGCUUUGAUCACAACAUUUUCUCUGUGGGAAAAAAACAAGAAGAAAGGUUUUAUUAUUUAAAAAAUAGGGCUCAUAUUGUAACAAUCACAAAUUUGUCCCCCUCUAAAAUAACCUCUCCAGCUGACCAAUUGUUUUUCAGAUUUAGAAAGCCAACUGAGCCCAAAUAUUACUAAUGUAAAGUAACUGAAUUUUAUAACCCAAAUACUUUAUUUCUGUUAAUAAUUAUGACUGUUUGCUGCAAAGUAUGCAUUAAGAACAGUCAUGGCACCUAAUGUAUGAUGGGUUAACUUCUGAAAUAUUGUCUUAUGGCUUCCAAAAUUUGCUAAUUCCGUCCUGAAUCAAGUUGGGUGUUGGGACUUGCAGCACUCUGUCUUUAAAUGUAUGUAUAUGGUGUUGGUCAUCUAGUUAUUCAUUGGUUGACCUUUAAGACUAAACUACUAUGGACCAGUCUAGAUACAUGCAACACGUAUGUACAUACUAUUGAGUGUGGGAUUCAGGUAAACUUGAACUAAUGUUGAAACAUUUGCUCAGAAGCGUUAAGUUGACACAGGGUUAGCAGGUACAGUUUAGUUGUGGGGAUCUGUUUUUGUUUGGUUUUACAUUACACAGUGACAUAUGCAAUUGUUUUUGGUUACUGUUUGUGGGACAGUGUAUAGACUGAAGAAAGAGCAUUUAUAAAUUGAAAAUUCCUUGAAUUUGUCUGUUUAGUAUUUGGCUUAGUUUUGAAAGCUGCAGGGUUUAAUUAACAUGGUAUUACCAGGUUAGAAAAUUGAUAGAACCACAUUGCCAAAAUCUAGAUAUCUUUUUGCUCAUAUACAAGUAUCUGAUAAUACAAGUUGGUAUUUUUAUUUAUUUUUAUUUAUUUUAUUUUCCUUUCAGAAAUCAAGUACAGGUAUUUAAGUGGGGAAUGUUCAAGAAUAACAUUUUGUAAUGCUAUGGCCACGCCCCCCCCCCCCCCCCCCCCCCCCCCCACCCCUUUAAAAUGAUUUUCAAUCGUCAAUACCAUUCUCCAUUUCCCUAUCAUAAUAAUAUAAAUAUUAUUAGAUUUUCUGUUUGUACUUCUCUUUGUUUGGUUUGAUAAUAAUAUUUAUUAGAUUUAGAACAUUAGUAAUAAGGAACAAAAUGGCAAUGACUAGCAGCAUUAUUUUUUAAACAUAAAAAUGAGAUACUUCUUUUGAAAAUAUUAUGUACUUUUCAACAAACACUCUCUCUUUAUUCUAAUGUUUCAUAAUGCAUCUCCUAAUACCCCUGCCCCCAAGCAUUAUGUAGCCUAAUUGUUGAACUACCCCUUGUGACAUUUGACAGUUUGUCAAAAUUGGAAAACCUGGCACAAUUUGUUUUAUUUUCAUACAUUGUUAUUUUUUAUUUUCAUUUUUUAAAAGAUAAGUGCAUUGAUUCAUUCUUGUUUCUUUUUUUUCUUUUUUAAUAUUUCCACUUUCAGUGUUUUAAAAUAGUAUUAUAAUCACAUUGAAUGAGUGUGGAGGUAAUCUGUUAAAAUAAUAGCAUAUUGUCAAUUUUGUUUGUUCAUUAACAUAAUAAAAAUGUUUUAUCAGUAA